AUGUCAUAUGACGAUAUAGAAAACGCGACUCCCGAUAUUGUCAUUGGAAGUACUAUUGAGGAAGAAGAAGACGAUUAUCAAUAUGAGAAUGAAAGUGACAAUGAAGUGCAACAAGAAAAAGAUUUGGAUGACUCACAGCUGAAGGGCAAAAAAUCAGUGGCCUUUGCAGGAUUAGACGAGGAAGACGACGAGAAAGCUGAGGAAAGAGCCAAGAGGGAGUUCGAAGAAGGUGGCGGAUUACCAGAACAACCAACCAAUCCUGACAUUUCCGAACUUACACCACUCUCACCUGAAAUCAUCAAUAGACAAGCUACAAUCAACAUUGGUACAAUUGGUCACGUCGCACACGGUAAAUCUACUGUGGUCAGAGCCAUAUCUGGAGUUCAAACUGUUCGUUUCAAGGAUGAAUUGGAGAGAAAUAUUACCAUUAAAUUGGGUUACGCCAAUGCCAAAAUUUACAAGUGUGAUAACCCAGAGUGUCCUGAACCAGGGUGUUACAAAUCCUUCAAAUCGGAUAAAGAAAUAAGACCUAAAUGUCAGCGUCCAGGAUGUGAGGGCCGCUAUAAGUUGGUCAGGCACGUUUCUUUUGUUGAUUGUCCUGGUCACGAUAUUUUGAUGAGUACAAUGUUGUCUGGUGCAGCUGUUAUGGAUGCAGCUUUGUUGCUUAUUGCCGGUAAUGAAAGCUGUCCUCAACCACAAACCUCAGAGCACUUGGCUGCAAUUGAAAUCAUGAAGUUGAAGCACGUUAUUAUUUUGCAAAACAAAGUUGAUUUAAUGAGAAAGGAGUCAGCUUUGGAACAUGAAAAGUCCAUCAUUCAGUUCAUCAGAGGUACUAUAGCUGAUGGUGCCCCAAUUGUUCCAAUUUCAGCACAAUUGAAGUAUAAUAUCGACGCCGUCAAUCAAUUCAUCGUAAACUCAAUACCAGUUCCAGUCAGGGACUUUACUGCAUCCCCUAGGUUAAUUGUUAUUAGGUCUUUUGAUGUGAACAAACCUGGUGCUGACGUUGAUGAUUUGAAAGGAGGUGUUGCUGGUGGGUCCAUUUUAACUGGUGUUUUCAAAAUUGGUGACGAGAUUGAAAUUAGGCCAGGUAUUGUUACUAAAGAUGAUCAAGGAAGAAUUCAAUGUAAGACGAUAUUCUCCAAUAUUGUUUCGUUAUUUGCUGAGCACAAUGAUUUGAAGUUCGCCGUACCGGGAGGUUUAAUCGGAGUGGGAACCAAGGUCGACCCAACGUUGUGUAGAGCCGAUAGAUUGGUUGGUCAAGUUGUUGGAGCUAAAGGAAACUUACCAUCCAUUUAUUCCGAUAUUGAGAUCAAUUACUUUUUGUUAAGGAGAUUGUUGGGAGUAAAGACUGAAGGACAAAAACAGGGUGCUAAAGUUAGAAAAUUAGAAGUCGGAGAAGUGUUGAUGGUAAAUAUUGGUUCCACAGCCACUGGUGCUAGAGUUGUGGCUGUCAGAGCAGAUAUGGCUCGUUUACAAUUGACAUCUCCUGCAUGUACCGAAAUCAAUGAAAAGAUUGCUUUGUCGAGGCGUAUCGAGAAGCAUUGGCGUUUGAUUGGUUGGGCCACAAUCAAAAAGGGAACAACCAUAGAACCUGUGGUUUGA